AUGGAUACACCACAUGGCGGCCUCGGAUACAAGCAGGCAGGCGGUGCCAUGACGGCCUUGAGUCGUGAUCCUGCGGCGAAUCAGACUUCUGAGUUAGCGAACUCCGGCCUUGCAGCAGCUCGAAUACAUGAUCGAUAUUUUCUCCGGGGCACGAUAUAUCGCGAAUCGUUUCCAUUCAUGAAAGGGAUGGACUCCUCCGCUUCGAUUUUCGUUUACGAGCCUCUGCGCGGCGAUGAGAUCCGGCUUGUUAGAAUACACUGGGACGAGCAACGCAACGCACCCAUCGCAUGUACCCUCGAGCAUGUGUCACUCUCAACGAAGCCUACGUUUGCUGCGCUCUCCUACGUCUGGGGCGACGCUUCCAUCACGCGACCCAUACAGCUCAACGGCUGCGCCUUCCACAUUACCACCAAUCUCUACGACGGGCUAGUGGAGAUUCGUGGCAAAUACGCCCAAAAUGAAGACUUUUGGAUCUGGAUAGAUGCCUUGUGCAUCAACCAGAGCGACAUGGACGAGAGAUCCGAGCAGGUGCCAAGGAUGACGCAGAUCUACUCCUCCGCAUACAGUGUAAUAGCAUGGCUCGGGCCAUUGGAUCCUAGCGAGCGUGACUGUACGCUUCUCUUAUUCCAGCUGUGCGAAGGUGCCUGUAUGAGACUCGCCGAGGGGCAGAUUUCAUUGGAGCCGAAUCUUUUGGAUCCACCCUCAAUGGCGAAGGCCUUCUACGAUGUCUUGGAAGAGAGAAACAUUAGCAUGACGCAAUUCCAAUUUGCUGCUUUAGAAUUUGCAGCAAGGAAAUGGUUCAGAAGAAUCUGGGUCGUGCAGGAGGUUGUCCUUGCGCGAACUUCGCCUGAGGUCAUUAUUGGAGACCUGACUAUCGAAUUGGAGAGACUGUUGCCGUCUGUGGUCUUCCUCCUCGAAUCCCACCGGGACGUGGCACUUUAUUACAUUCUGGAAGCGCCACGUUCUCUGAUACUUUACCGAAGUUCUUCGUCGAUGAGAAUUAGAAGGAAACCCACUCAGAUGUCAUCCACGCCGAAAGAGAUUGCGAAGAGACUCCUGGAAGCACUACAACAGACUAGGAACUGCGGAAGCAUUGAUGCACGGGACAGAAUCUAUGGCGUCCUUGGGCUGGUCGGUUGCGAAGGCAUGCCGAAAAACCUAAAGCCAAACUACAAGACCAGAUACGAGGAUGUCUUCCACGCUUACGCUGCGUUCAUCUUUCAGUAUACGGGUGACCCGUCCUUGAUUGGUGGCUGGGGCCACAAACUAGAGGGUGUUCCAACCUGGGUCCCGGAUUUCGAACGCCUCGUCAAGUAUGAGAACUGGCCUUGUACGCCAUCUUCUACGCAAUUCGAUUUCUCCGCGGACCGGAAAAAUAUGUCUGUGGAAGGUAUUGUGACAGACAGGAUUAUGGAGGUCUUCCCAAGACGAAUUGCCGCUACUUUGGACGACCUUGGCCGGGCUCUCUUGGGACUAAAGCUUCCCAUCUUAGCCGAAGGCGCUCUUCGCAGAGUCUCAGGAGACGACAUGAUCUCGGAAUGGCUCGCUCUGGAUCUUCACGACAUGCAGGAUAUUGGGCUCAGGCGCAUUUAUUACCAACUCUGUGUGGAUACAUUCCUAAAGCGUUGUCUACCAGGUCAAGACUCUGCGUUUACCGACAUCGAGAAGGCCGAUCUGAAAUUCUGGUUCACCCUUCGAGUGUCUUCAUGCUCGUUCAUUACACGACGUGGAUACCUAGGAAUGGCUUGGAAUGCUAAGAAAGGAGACGUCAUAUCCGCUUUGAAGGGUGCAGAGAACUUCGUCGUUCUUCGAGCUUCUGGACCAAACUUUAAGGUCGUCGGUGCUACUAAAAUGUCCGGGAAAUUUUGGAAGGAGCACUACAAGCCGCUUUUUUCAACAACGCCUUAUGGGACCCUCACCUUGGUGUAG